UCAGAAUCAGUCCGAAAAAGUCAGUCUAGGUGGAAGCAGCAAGCGGAAGUUAGUAAAAAAAGAUUUUACCAGGAUACACCAGGGAUUUCAGCAAUGCGUAGGCCAGAUCUGCUGCUCUUGGUCUCGGCCUUAGUGCUGAGUGCGGCAGUUGCUCUUCCCACGAGUAGGGUAGAAACCGAGGAGGCGGAUUACUCUGAGCAGCAACUUGAGCUGCUGAGUGAAGUCGAGGACUCCGACGAACAGAUGGGCGGUAUCGAUAAGGUUAUCCACAGACGAGCCGCCAGGAGCGACAGCAGUUCUUUAGAGGCGCUCAAAGCCGGUGCCGAGGAAAAGGUCACGAACAAUGCUGACAGCUCCGGGGAAUCUUCUUCGUCGGAGGAGGAUCAAAUAGACGGGUCCCAAGCCACAGAGUCCUCUGCCAGAAGGCGUAGGUCCGAUGAAAGGUAUAGGAAUCUAACCCUCCUAGCCACCAUUUGCCCAAAAGCUGAUACGAGCCAUUUAGAGAAGGGCAGUACCUUAGAUAGUAGAAUUGAAAUAAAGGAUUUUUACGAGUUGUGUGCCUCCUUACAGGACUGGAAAUGAAGCGAAUGAGUUUUGACAAAAAACCGUGUAAAAGGCAACCUAUAUAUAUGAAAAAUUCAAAUAAAACCCCAAGCUGACCACA